CGAUAUAAUAUAGCCUUUCUGGAAGAAGGGAAGCCCGAACCCUAGCGUGACUUGUUCUGUAGCGGCUGCAAGAAAUGGGCGAGAUGAAGGAUCUGUACGUAAGCACGACGCGCUCCCUCCUCCGCCUGGAUCUGAAAAACUACAAUUUCGAUCCCUUGUUAGAAUCAGGAGAGCCUCCGCCACAAGCAGCGGUUUCCUUGGAAUAUGGAAAGAACUAUCCGUAUGGGUUGCGUGUUAUCAAAUCCAGCCGAUCCAAGAUCUACAUGGUCGGCGAGAAAACUACUGGCUACUCUUGCACGGCCGAAGUUCACGAAUUCGAUCCAAUUGCAAAUAGCUUGCAGAAAGCAAACAUCUCUUUGAGAGGUUCAAAAUCGCGGCCGAUCGUGGCAGAAAUUGAUGGAAAGAUCUAUGUCCUCGAAGCAGGAAGCUUGUGUCAUCAACCGGGUAAAACUUUUGAGGUAUUCGAUCCUUGUUCUUCUUCCGAGGAUUCCAUUUGCGAGCUGUACAUCUUGACAUGUUCUAAUAAGGUAUACCACUAUGAUACCAAGAGAAGACUGUGGGGUAGAGAGGAAGACAUGCUUAAAUAUUUCUGCAGAUAUUUAGGCUACCCUUGGAUAAUUCCAGCGGGUGGAACAACUGUGUGUGGUGGAGAUGUCAUUCUUGCCUUUCAGGAACAGGACGAUUACGAUCCCUGUUCUGCUCGUGGUAUAAGGGAUAUAAUGGAAUUGUUUGGAUAUCUGUACUCGAAAGAUGGGUGUCUCUUGGGCUACCAAAAUUUGGGCAAUGUCUUCUCUGUGCGGCUAUAUUCAACAAGAUACCAUGUGUUUGCUAUGGAGGAUGGCAAAGUGUGCGCUCUAUUGUUUGGAUACAAUCCUGCGAUUCCAGCUCUGCGCAGGAAUCAGAUGAACAAAUCCAGAUCAACCCCAAUUAGCGUUCAAUUUCAGGUGCUUGCUGUAUCCAUCUUUAGUGUAGUGAAAUUGUGUGAUGCUGCUCGUGCACUGCAAGAUAAAGCACUAUGUAUGCCUCUUUCUGCUGAUGCACCUCUUGCUGCUCGUCGUCGUCUUAGUGAUUAUAAAGAACAUGAGAGCACAUUCCUGUCUCUUGAGAUUGAGAGCCAAUACAUCUUCCAGGCAGAAGACGGUCGUGGUUCUCUUCUUCGAGGGGCAUUCUUCCCCUAGACCCUUUAUUGCUUCACCUAAAUUAUAUGUCGCCUGCCAUUUUCACUUCCAAUGCCAUGGAUUUUCAUUAUGUUGUUUGCACUCUCUGUAUGAGUUGGGUUUUAUUUUAUGCUAUGUAUGCACACUUGGUUCUCUCUCCAUUUUAUCAGUAGUGUACUUGUUAUUUAAGCAGUUUAUGUUGUUACACUAAUUGAACUUCUGUGGUUG